GGGGUUUAUUAUUUUGUUUGAUUAAAACGUUGGUCAACAGAAAAAUUUCUCUGAUUGUUAUGAUAAUAAAUGCCACCAUAUCAAUGGUGUGUAUAAAAUAAAGAAAAACUUAUCCUUUUUUCUAUGAAUGUUAUCUGAUCCGGGAUUUCGUGAACUUAUCUCUUUACCAUUAUCUCCAGCUAUAUUACAUGGGCUUACACGUGCUGGAUUUAAUUGUAUUUCAGAAGUAGCUGGAUUAAGUGUGGAUCGUUUGGCUUCUAUUAGUGGAGUUAGCACUAAAGCUGCUCGUAAUGCACUAGAUGUUAUUCAUCGUUAUAAUCAAUCAUCUAUUGAAUGUAUGGAUAUGAGUAGUAUUGGUGUAUUCGGUUUACGCACAGCAUGGGAUUUACUUGGUGCAUCACAAACAGUCGAUGGGAAUAUUACAGAUGAAAAAAAGCGAUAUAAUUAUAUCGUUAGUAUGUGUCGAAGUUUUGAUGAUCUUCUUGGUGGAGGUUUUCCAACUGGACGAUUAACUGAAUUAUGCGGUGAACCAGGUGUUGGAAAGACCCAAUUCUGCCUUCAAGCUUGUGUAAAUGUGCAAAUUCCUAAAUGGUUCAGUGGUCUCAAUGGACAAGCUUUAUUUCUAGAUACUGAAGGUAAUUUCAUACCGGAACGUGUUCGACAAAUAGCUUCUGCUUUAGCAAAUCAUUGUAAACGUCAUUAUAUUGAAUCAAAUCCAGGAAGAACAGAUGAAUCUUUUAUUAAACAAUAUUGUCCAACUGUUGAAAGUCUAAUGUCUGGAAUUCAUUACAUACGAAUAACUGAUCAUUUGAAGCUACUAGCUGUUUGUCGACAUUUAGAACAAUUUUGUGAUCAACAUCCUUUGAUUCGAUUGAUUGUGGUUGACAGUAUUGCUCUCCCAUUUCGUUACGAUUUUGACGAUAUUCCUCAACGUAAUCGAUUAUUGGCAAGUGUAACACAAAUGUUACUCUGUAUUGCUGGACGUCAACAGGCUGCAGUUAUUCUUACAAAUCAAAUUACAACCAAAUUCCAUGUACAACAUCUGAACUCAGAUCAAUGUGAUUAUAUUUUGGAAGAAGAAGACGAAGUGGGAAAGGAACAAUCCAAGAAUAAUCAAAACUCACAUUUAGUACCUGCACUUGGAGAUAGUUGGGGACAUAUUUGUUCUCUUAGAGUUUUUUUAACACGUUUAACAACAGGUAUUCGUCAAGCACGAUUGCUUAAACAUCCUGGAAGACCAUAUGGUGUGGGUUAUUAUCAGAUUACAACUGGUGGUAUUCGUGAUCUUGUUCAAAACGACAAAUCAACUAAACACUUGCCGAAAUAAUUUUUUUUUUACAAAAAAUUCUAAUAAGACAGUAUUUCAUUAUUUUACUGGACAUACAACGAUGAUACUUUUUUUUGAGAAAGAAUAGGCAUAAACUGUUUCCUACUUCCACUUUUUGUUUGAAGAAAUUUAAUGAUCAUGAGACAAAUCAAAGCAAUUUCUCAGCAUUAAAGCAUUUAAAUUUUAUUUCAACGUGAUAUAUACACGUUAUUUAUUAGUCUGAUGUUUUGAUGGAUGUUUGGUAAACUAAUCAAUCCCGUAUACAUAGGAUUACAAAACGAAACUGUGACAAGAAUAAGCAAACGAACCUGAUUACAUACAUCAUCACUGGUGACUGGCUGAUUAUUUUUAUACCCUUUUACAUCAUUGACUGGAAUACACAUGUAAUGAGAGAGAGAACUCAUUGCAUGACUGGAAAAUACUUUUUUUUGUUUUGUUUUAUUAAAUACGUGAUAAUAAAUAGUUUCACAUAACAAAAAAAGAAAGGCAAUUUAGGGAAUAUUCCAAAAAAAAACAAAAGUAAGAAAGCAGGAAUUUUCAUUGAAAUUAUUAAAACACUGUUGUGUAUAUGUAGCAGGUUGGAGAGAUUGAUUGAUCGAUUCAUUGAUUUCGAUGUUGAUAUUUGAAUUCAAUUCAAAAUAAAUUGAAGCAUAAUUAUUAUAUGUAUUGAUGAAAAAGUGGAAAGUUAUAAAAUGAAUAGAUCUAUGUAUAUCUCUACAUAUAUAUAUGUAUAUUUAUCAUAAUCAAUCGAUUGUUGGUGUGAACUUUGCAAAAAGCAAAACCGUAAAUAAGGAAAAAAGAGUUUUUCUUUCCCAAGCAGAGAAUAUCAGUUUUGUAAGGGACAACAACAUUUACUACUAACACUACUACUACUACAAUUACAAA